AUGCUUGCUCUCUUCUCUUCUUCGUAUCUCACACUCUCCAGAUCUGUGACUCUACACUUAUCCCAACGAACAACACUCACAUCUCUCACAAUGUCAAUGAACCUAAGAAGAACCCACGCGUACGCAGGCAACCCUUUGAAAUCCAAAACCCCAAAAUCCACCGACACCCUCUCACCUUCCUCCGCCCUCAAAUCCCUAAAAGCUCUAAUCCCACUUAUCCCUAACCACACUACCCCUUCCCCUGAUUUCAAAGUCCUUCCUUUCAGCAAAGGCCGCCCUCUAGUGUUCUCCAACGGUGGAGGAGACUCCUCCACGUCGCCUAUCUGGCAUCUGGGAUGGAUCAGCUUAGCUGAUUGCAAGGGUAUGUUAGCGAGCCGUGGGGUUGAUUUGGACGAGAACUCGCUUGUGUAUUUAGGACCUAAGGUGGAGGAAGAUUUGGUUUGUUGGGCUGUUGAUGUGUCUUUGGAGGAGGAAGGAGAAGAAAACGGCGUCGUUUCGGGGUUGGAAAGUAGGAAGCUUUGUUUCGUUGAGCUAAGGACUUUGAUGGUUGCUGCUGAUUGGGUGGAUCAAAAGGCUAUGGAUGAAUUGGCUAUUGCAGGACAUGCUAGGGCGUUGCUUGAGUGGCACAGAGUGUCACGGUUUUGUGGGUCUUGUGGAGGUGCAAAUGUUCCAAAGGAAGCUGGAAGAAGAAAGCAAUGUUCGAACGAGGCUUGCGGAAAGCGGGUUUAUCCUCGGGUUGACCCGGUGGUGAUAAUGUUAGUUAUUGAUCGAGAGAAUGAUCGUGCGCUUUUAAGCAGACAGUCUAGAUAUGUACCGAGAAUGUGGAGUUGUUUAGCUGGAUUUAUUGAGCCAGGGGAAAGUUUAGAAGAGGCUGUGAGGCGAGAAACAUGGGAAGAGACAGGCAUUGAAGUAGGAGAAGUUGUUUAUCACAGCUCCCAGCCUUGGCCUGUGGGACCAAGUAGCAUGCCAUGCCAAUUGAUGCUCGGGUUCUUUGCUUUCGCCAAGACUCUUGACAUAAACGUAGACAAGGAAGAGUUGGAAGGUAAGAGUAACUUCAACUCCUUUCGGAAAAUCCCCAAGAGUUUCUUAACAUUCAUCACGUUUUGUUGCGCAGAUGCUCAGUGGCACAGUAGAGAAGAUGUGAAGAAAGCGCUGGCGUUUGCAGAAUACAGGAAGGCACAAAGAACAGCGGCUUCAAAGAUAGAGCAAAUCUGUAAAGGUGUGGAGAAAAGCCAGAGUUUGUCAACAGAUUUCAAUUUGGAAAGCGGUGAGCUCGCUCCUAUGUUCAUCCCGGGGCCAUUUGCUAUUGCUCACCACCUGAUCUCAACAUGGGUAGAUCAGGGCUCUGGCAAUGUUUGCUCAACACCACAAGCACCGUCUCUCUCAAGUUUGUAGCUAGAACGUUACAAACUUUGAUGCUUGGAGAAAUCAGAACGGUUGCUAUGGCUUUGGUGCUUAUUUUGAACUGCAAUGUCCUUUGCGUAUGGAUUUCAAAACUUAAAGCUGUGUUCUAAAUUCUUUGCUUUAGUUUUUUUACUAGUGGUUUUCCGGCGCUACGCGCCGGGUUUUUAAUUAUAAAUUGUUUAAUUGUGUUAUUAAAAUAAUCUUGUUAUAAUAACUAACUGUAAAUAGAUGAAAUACUAAUUUCUAUAGCAUUUUAGAAAUUUGAAGUAUA